AUGUCUCAAAUGACGACAAAUGAAGUACCUACUCCGCAAAUUCCAAGGGAUAACGUUGGUUAUCUUGAUGAAGCUUAUAUAAGUAACCUGUCUGAGCGCUCUCACUUUGGUUCGAAUUAUAUACCUGCUUCAGAAGAUUCCGAGGAAAUACCUGAAAUAGGAACCCCUCCUCCUCCAGCACCGAACGCCCUAGACGAUGUAGCUUCUGACGCGACUGACGAAGAAUGGGAAGAAUUACUUGAACAAACCCAGCAGAUUCUCGUCGUAUUUAUACUUCCAUUCAUAGGACGGUGGCUAGGUCGAAAAUUUUCUUUCUGGGGUAAUUAUUAA